AUGGCUAGCCCUACUGUUCUUACCUUUGAUGCUGAGGGGCGUGCAGUUGACUUUGACGUGUGGGUUGACGACCUGCAGCUCUUUCUUCUGUGUGACUCUAGGGACGGGGUAUCCCUUUUCGAUCACAUGUCCGGUGUCUCUACUGCACCUGCUGCCACUGCUGACAGUACGGUUCGCUCGCAAUGGACCACUCGUGACGCUGUUGCUCGCCUUGCUGUUCGUAGUCACCUGCCGUCUGCUGAGCGCGCGCACUUUGGCCAGGGUGUUCCCCUGUCCCCCUUCUCCCCUCUGUUGCUUCUGCUGCUUGCUGUCGACCUCGUUGGCACUGAGGAGGUCAGGGCUGCGUCUACUCCUAGUGGGAGGCGCCGCAACAGCAAGGGCAAGGGGGGCAAGGGUGGUGGAGGGGACGGUGGGGGCGGCGGUGGAGGCGGUGGAGGAGGCGGAGGGGGUGGCGAUGGAGGUGGAGGUGGUGGCGGGAGUGGAGGCUUCGGUGGCGGCAGUGGGGUGGUGGAGGUGGAGGCGGCGGUGGUGCUGGUCGAGGUGCAGCCGCACAGCGUGGAGGCUUUGGUGGUAGCCAGCGCCAGCAGCAGCCACGUUCCCGUGAGACCCCGUCGGCCCAGCAGCUUCGUGAGUGGUACGCUGGGCGUGGGAGGUCUGGGGGUGCUGGUCCCUGCACUUACGCAGAAUGUUGCUAUCUUUGAUCUUGAUUUCGAUGCUAUCCUUGCUGCCAUGUAUGCUGUGUCUGAUAGUGCUGAGGGUGACUGUUACCUGAGUGUCCCGGCCGACCCGGGCAUUGAGGCUGCUGCUCUAGGUGCUAGUGCGUCUGCUGCUCCAGGUACUGGUGAGUCUGCUGCUCCAGGUGCUGGUGAGUCUGCUCUCUCUGGUACUGCACCUACUGAGGCCUUGCACACUUUCACACUUGACUCUAGUGCUUCGCGCUCCUUCUUCCGCGACAGCACCACACUCACGCCGCUCAGUCGGCCUGUCGCAGUCUCCCUGGCUGACCCCUCUGGGGGCCCAGUCCUAGCGCACUCUUCCACGGUUCUACCGUGUCCUGCGGCCCCGUCGGGCUUGCUGUCGGGACCUCCACCUCCCCUCGUUCUCUACAAACUUGGACGGGCCGCCACCUGGCCAUGUUCACACCGUCGGCCUGGGUCGAGUCUGUACACACAGACUACUGCGUCUCCUCCGGUCACUGCGUCUGGUCAGAUAGCCGCGUCUAGUCAGGUGUUUGCUGCCAGCGUCCAGGUCCAGUCCAGGCGUCUGCCCCCUGCUCGUGUCGUCCUCUGGCGCACGAGACUCUCCUUUGGCACCACCGCCUUGGUCACCCCUCCCUGCCUCGUCUUCGAGGUAUGGCCUCCCGUACCCUUGUCUCGGGUCUCCCCCGGUCCCUCCCUCCCCUUCCUCCAGGGCCUGCCCCUACCUGUGUUCCUUGUGUCGAGGGCCGGCAGUGCGCCGCUCCUCACUCCUCCACGUUCCCUCCGACAGAGGCUCCCCUGCAGACUCUUCACAUGGACGUGUGGGGCCCAGCCCGCGUCCGUGGACAGGGUCACGAGCGUUACUUCCUGCUGGUCGUUGGCAACUGCUCGCGUUACACCACAGUCUUCCCCUUGUGCCGCAAGGGUGACGUCACUGAGGUGUUGA